GUCCCCUUCUGAAAGAUUGCGACCUCUAAUUCCACACAACCGUAGACUGCGAGCAGUCUCUGUUUUGCUCGAAAAUCCGUGAGGAAGAACGCAAAACAAGUAAGCGUCCGAGCGUGACUGUGAGCGUGACAUGCGAGCGGCGAUGCCAUGCCGCUAGUCGCUGCGCUCACAGUCACACUCGCACGCUCACUUGUUUUAAGUUCUUGCCCACGGAUUUUCUGGCAAAAGAAUGGCUGCUCGCAGUCUAACACAACCGAGACUUCAACCACACAACGUUAAAACUGGCAUGGAGUAUUAAAGUAUUAAGGGCAUUGAAGCAAAUUUUCUGAGGAAAAUCUCCAGCUUAUGAAAAAGCUAUCAGCUAACUUUGGUUUCUUUCACAAACGGUGGAAUCAAAUCAAAUUAAGCCAACAUGACUCGUCACGCAAUCGCAACCUCUCUGAUUGCGUGACAAGCCGUAAGAGGAAACGUUUCGCAUGAUAAUUAAAGUACGACACACGCGACACGCUAACAUGAAAUAGACAGGCAAUCGAACGGUUCCCUCUCGUCUUCCCUCACUGAGCAGAUGGAACUGUCUACCUGCUAAAUGGAUUCAUUACGUUUCGGUGAAGACUACCACAACAAGUUUGAUCCAAAAGUUUACCUUAACUAUUACAACGGAACAGGAGAUCAGCUUGAGUCAUACAGCGAAUUUCCUUUAAGAUGCUUUCAUGAAUUUUGGUCGAAAAUGGCAAAACGAAACGCAAGAGUUCUCAACUUCGGUGGGGGACCUGCCAUCUACGAUCUUAUAAGUGCUGCACCAUAUGCCGAAGAGAUCAUCUUUGCCGAGUACAGCGAAGAGAAUCGGAAAGAAGUAGCCGCUUGGCGAGAAAGAUCACGUGAUGCUCACGACUGGUCGCCAUAUUUCAGGUUCGUUGUGCAAAGAUUUGAAGGCAAGGGAAGCGAAGAAGCGCUGAUUCGAAAAGCUGAGCUAAGAAAGAAAAUAACUCAUAUUUUGCCCUGUGAUAUUGCAUUGGAAGACCCGGUGAAAUGGCCCGCUACAUGGACUUCCCAGCUUGCCUCGUUCGAUGUCGUGACAACUAGUUGUUGCAUCGAAACAGCAGUGAAAUCUGACACAGAGUUUAGGAACGCAAUUGCGAAUUUGCAAAAAUACUUGAAACCGGGUGGAUAUCUGAUUAUGUAAAGCUCCAUAGGUCAGAAUUUCUAUAGAGUAGGGAAGGAAAAGUUCCAUUGCUUUUCCGUGAGCGAGAAUCAAAUCCAAGAAAUAUUACGCCAAGAGGGUUUUGGUGAGGUGGACAUGAAAUUACAGGCAGACCCAAGAAGCGAGUUGUAUGAUCGUGAAAAACUGUACUUUGUCAGCGCUAAACUCGAAAAUAAAUAGACUGAAAUUGUUGCUGAGAAGAAAUAGAAAGUUGUUAAAACUAUCGACAAUAGCACUAAAUUCAAUUACACGGUGCAUGACCACACAGUGCUACGUUCGACACAAUGCUG